AUGACCAGUCGCGACCAACCUGAUCUCACCAAUAUCAGUCAUCAUGAGCUUGUCGCUUUCCAUGAGGCGCACUUUUCAAUUUCUGCUACCGGCGGCUUUACUUCUGACUUUCUCAACCCUCAGAGAGAAGCUUCUCUAAUUCAUAACCUGGAUGAUGCAGAGCCUGAGUAUCCAGACGACGAUGAUGGCCUCGGCUACUAUGACGAUGGCGUCAAACGCAUUUUGACCGACGAGCAAAUUGCCAUGUUCCGUCACUCAGAGCUUGAGACGUUACGUCGCAAGGGUAAAAAGCUGCCUGCCGUCGUUGAUCAACCCAGCGGAAACGAAGCUGAAGAUGGCGAAGUUGAAGAUGGUGGAAAUGCAACCUCCGACGCAAAGCCAACCCCGACUGCAUCCUCCGGGGCCGGCAAGAAAAGGAAGAAAGGCAAGAAAUCCGCCCGGAGCAAGCCGUAUGAGCCGAAACCCGAUCUGCGAAAGCGAACUUGGGACAUCGUUGAAACGGGCCUCGACACUCUUGAAUACGACUGA